GGAUGCUUUGCAGGUUCGGGCUUGACCAGGUGGUUCAGGUUCGAUUCCCUGAGGGUCCUUAUUUGUUUUGUUUUUCUUUUCUACCUUUCUACACCUAAACCCUCUCUUCUUCCCUCCCGAAGCAGGCAGCGGCGUCCAUCUGAAUCCGAGAAGUUUUGUUUUAGGGUCGUGUGGAACGGAGGUAAAAGAUGGUGUUCGGUCAGGUGGUUAUCGGUCCUCCGGGUUCCGGAAAGACCACUUACUGCAAUGGCAUGCAACAAUAUCUCCAGCUCGUCGGGAGGAAAGUAGCUGUUAUCAAUUUAGACCCUGCAAAUGAUUCAUUACCCUAUGAUUGUGCCAUCAACAUUGAGGAUCUUAUCAAACUCAGUGAUGUGAUGAAUGAACAUUCGCUUGGUCCCAACGGAGGUCUUGUGUAUUGUAUGGAUUACUUGGAGAAAAAUAUCGACUGGUUGGAAUCUAAACUGAAACCUCUUUUAAAAGAUCACUAUUUUCUCUUCGAUUUCCCUGGCCAAGUAGAACUAUUCUUCCUCCAUUCCAAUGCGAAGAAAGUCAUCAUGAAACUAAUUAAAAAACUCGAUCUUCGGUUGACUGCAGUUCAUUUGGUGGAUGCGCAUCUCUGUAGCGACCCCGGGAAAUACGUUAGCGCAUUGCUUCUAUCGCUGUCAACGAUGCUGCAUAUGGAACUCCCACAUGUCAAUGUCUUGUCGAAGAUUGAUCUCAUCGAAAGCUAUGGAAAGCUAGCCUUCAAUCUUGAUUUUUACACGGAUGUGGAAGACUUGUCGUAUUUACAGCACCAUCUAGAUCAAGAUCCCCGCUCUUCUAAGUAUAGAAAACUCACAAAAGAACUCUGUGAAGUAAUUGAGGAUUUUGGUUUGGUGAACUUCACUACCUUGGCUAUUCAGGACAAAGAGAGUGUUACAAAUCUUGUGAAACUAAUAGACAAGACGAAUGGAUAUAUAUUUCAAGGCAUUGAUGCUAGUGCAGUUGAGUUCAGCAAAAUCGCUAUUGGACAAACAGAUUGGGAUUACUACAGAACAGCAGCAGUGCAGGAGAAGUACAUGAAAGACGAUGAAAAUUUUGAUUCUGAUGAUUAACCCGAAGGUUGGGAGGCUGUGAAAAGAAGAGCUAGAAGAUUGUAAUUUGACAAUGUAACAAAUCACCGGAUUUAGUUGUUUGAACUGUUCUUUUUGUAUCAAAACGUGUCUUUUAAUAUUAGGGUGUUGUUCUAUGCGGAUUGAAUGUUACAAAAAUGAAAAUAGCGAAAGGAGAGUAUAAUUGUAGCUUGUAGUUUGUAUUUCCAUCCCGGGAGACUCUUAAUGGUUGGUUUUAAUAGUGGUUUGGUUGAAUGUU